AUGACCGGAGGCAAGUACGAUGGCCAGAAGGCCCUACUGCUCGGUGCGGGCUUCGUGACCAAACCAACAAUCGAGAUCCUGGCAAAUGCCGGCAUUGAGGUGACUAUCGCCUGCAGAACCCUCGAGUCGGCAAAGAAGCUCUCCUCCACCAUCAAGAAUACCCGCCCGGUCUCGCUCGAUGUCAAUGACGAGAAGGCCCUCGACGCCGAAGUGGCCCGCUCAGAUCUGGUCAUCUCACUCAUUCCAUACACCUUCCACGCCACUGUCAUCAAGUCUGCCAUUCGCAACAAGAAGAAUGUUGUCACAACUUCCUACGUGUCGCCUGCUAUGGAAGAGCUGGAGCAGCAGUGUCAAGAUGCUGGCAUUACAGUCAUGAACGAGAUCGGCCUCGACCCUGGCAUCGACCAUCUGUAUGCAGUCAAGACUAUCGAGGAAGUCCACAAGGAGGGCGGCAAAAUCACUGGCUUCUACUCCUACUGCGGCGGUCUUCCUGCCCCAGAAGCCUCCGACAACCCACUCGGCUACAAGUUCUCUUGGUCCUCGAGAGGUGUCCUCCUUGCCUUGAGAAACGCAGCCAAGUACUACCAAGACGGUAAGGAGGUCUCGAUCGCUGGUCCGGAUCUCAUGGCCACCGCCGUGCCCUAUCACAUCUACCCUGGCUUCGCCUUCGUCGCGUAUCCCAACCGUGACAGCACACCUUAUCGAGAGCGCUACUCGAUCCCUGAAGCACAGACUGUUGUCCGCGGUACUCUGCGCUAUGCUGGCUUCCCACAAUUCGUCAAGGUCCUCGUCGAUGUUGGCUUCCUGUCUGACGAGAAGCGUGACUUCUUGGACAAGCCUAUUUCAUGGGCCGAGGCAACUCAGAAGAUCAUUGGCGUCUCUUCCGGCUCUGAGAGCGACUUACAAUGGGGCAUCUCUUCAAAGACCACAUUCGCCGACACCGCCGAGAAGAAUCGUAUUCUCAGUGGCAUGAAGUGGCUGGGCUUGUUCUCGCCAGACACCAAGAUCACACCUCGUGGCAAUCCUCUCGACACUCUCUGCGCCACCCUGGAGCAGAAGAUGCAGUAUGAAGAGAACGAGCGAGAUAUGGUGAUGCUGCAACACAAAUUCGAGAUCGAGCACAAGGACGGCAACAAGGAGACGCGUACGUCAACGUUGGUUGAGUACGGCGACCCGAAGGGUUACUCUGCCAUGGCCAAGCUAGUCGGUGUUCCUUGCGCUGUUGCAUGUCUGAUGGUGCUAGAUGGACGGAUCAGCAAGAAGGGUGUCCUCGCGCCUGUGACCUGGGAUGUUGCUGAGCCUCUGCUGGUGGAGCUCAAGGAGAAGUAUGGCAUCGAGCUGCUAGAGAAGACCGUGGUUUAG